AAAUCUGUAGGAAAAGUAGGUUGCCUUCGAUUCUUGCUCGGUCGGAAAGGUGAUUCGAGAGUCCGUAACAUACUAACAAGGUGUCUGUGGCUGUGGGGCAAUGGCCACAACUCUGUCCGCCUUCCCCACAAGGGUUCUUCUAUAUUCACGGGGCCACCAGAAGCGCAUAGCACCAAAUAGUGCCACCACCGUCAGGGCCUUCGGCCGGAGCGACUUCGACAGGUUCGCUCGUCGGGUAAGGUCGGGGGAGGUCUGGAAAGACGCCUGGCGCAGCGCAAAUGACCGCUUUGAGCUGUUCCUGUUCGAGACCAAGAAAACCGCAGAGCGUAUUGACCGCCGCUACUCCGUGUCCCAACGCGUCUCUUCUGCUGUUAGGGACAUUGACAGGGAGUUUGAGAUUGGUCCCAGAUGGCGAGCCUUCAGCAUGGACUUCUCCAGAAACUGGCCCAGGUACAGGAAACAGCUCAAUGAUUUUCUGAAUGCUCCAUUGGGAAGAAGUUUCAGUACAAUUUUCUUCAUCUGGUUUGCAUUAUCUGGAUGGCUUUUUCGAUUCUUAAUAUUUGCUACAUGGGUACUGCCAUUUGCUGGUCCCCUUCUUAUAGGCGCCAUUGCCAAUAAUCUUGUCAUUAAGGGGGCUUGUCCUGCUUGUCAGAGGCAGUUUUUUGGCUACAAGAAUCAGAUAAUUCGCUGUACAAGCUGCAGAAACAUUGUAUGGCAACCUGAAGGCGACUUCUUUUCGAAAGGAGGUAGAAGCAAAAGUUCAUCAACAAGUGAUCCUCAGAUUAUUGACGUUGAUUUUGAGGAGAAAUGAUUGCAAUGCACAAGAUACAGAAGUAAUGUUUCUCUAUGAACUCUACAUUACAAGGAAAGUAGUGUACCAGAGAGAGAUUUUUUUUUGUUACUGUAGUGUUUGCUGUUGAUAUUCAUGUCCCUUGAGUAUUGAAAGCCCUUGUAGGAGCUUCAGUUAUUUCAUUUUGUAUAAUAUCCCUUUAUAAAAGGAAAGCUAGAGCAGUAGUACAGUUUAUUUCCAUUAUGGUCCAGCCACUCUGUAAACUUGUAAUGCCUUCCUUGAGGUUCAAAAGCACAUGUUACGUUUUAUUGUUCAA